UAGAUCCUUUGCAAUCAUUACUCCAGGCAUCGUGGAGAAGCCAUGGGUAAAGGUAGCAGGAAAUUGGGAGAGAAGCUGGGAAAAUGGGCAGAGGCUCUGGUGUCAGGUUAAGGUGAUGGGAUUUUAUUUUAAGGUAAGACAAGAGCAUUAAACCAUUUUAAGGAGGGAAGUGCCACUAUCAGGACUUAGUUUAGAAGUACUCUUAAGAUAUGCCUUGGAAAUGUUAAAGGACAAAGUGAGAUGAUCAGAUUUGCCUUCUAGAAAGAAUUACUUGUCUAAAAGGAGCUAAAGGAACCCUAGAGUAUCUAAGGAGGGCACCAAAGUAAGGUGUUAAGAAGAGCAACAAGAUGAGAUAUGCAUUUUGAAGGAAUUACUCCUCUAAAGAAGUUUAAAAAGGUAUAAAUGGACAGGUAAGUGGGGAGCCAGAGGAAACUUAGAGUCAAAGUAAGAGCCUCCACCAUGUUCCCCAUCCGCUUCAUUUGCCAGUGCUGCAAGCAGCCGCUAAAGCUGAAUCAGUCCAUGGAGACCUCAGGUCUUGAGACCACCCAAGAACCUACAGCUUCCACACUCUCAGCUCAGUGGGAGCCAGGAGAAACCCUGGAAAGAGGCCCUGCCUCCAAGGCAGAGACAGAUACUGAGAAGCUGCAGGAUAGUACCUCCUGCUCCACCCUCCCUGGAGAUGAUGGCAAGAUGUCCAGGGACAGUUCUAGCAACUUCAUCUUACUUGGAGAGUUUGCCCCUACAAGUAUGCUCAGUAACGCCCAGAAGACUGCUGGGGACAUUUUUGACAUCCUGACUGGUGAAAGAGAUGUGGACCACGCCCUGUGUGAGGACUGUACUGACAAACUUUUAGAGGAGCUGGACACCCAACUCAUUCUCACAGAAACAGAGAACCAGAACUACAAACAUUGGAGGAAGAGAAUACAUGACGGGGAGCUGGAGACACUGCAGGAGGAGCUGGAGGGCCUGGAGCUGGAGGAAGCAAGGCUGGCUCAAGAGCUGGAGGAGGUGGAGAAGAACCAAAAAAGAGUAGCAGAGGAUCUUGAGGCAGCCCGAGCAGAGACUCAAGUGCUGGACCAGCAGGAUGAGCAGCACUGGAGGGACUACAGUAACUUACAAUGGCAGCAACUGGAACUGCAGGAUGAGCUGACCAGCAGGAGGAACCAGCUGGUACGUGCCCAGAUCCAGUGGGACUGGCUGAAGAAGACCAAUGUCUUCAGUGCCACCUUUGAGAUCAGGGAUGAUGGCCCUGUGGGCAUCAUCAAUAGCUUCAGAUUGGGCUGCCUCCCCACUGUCCCCGUGAGCUGGAAUGAGAUCAACAUGGCCUGGGGACAGACAGCCUUGCUACUUCAUGCCCUGUCCAACAAGAUUGGGCUGGAGUUUCAGAGGUAUCAACUCUUCCCCUGUGGAAACCGGUCCUAUCUGAAGUCUUUAACAGAUGACGCCAUUGAGCUGCCAUUGUUCUGCAUCACGGGGCAGAUUACUUGCUUGGAUGUCAAAUUUGACCUCGCAAUGAUGGCUUUUUUGGACUGUAUGCAGCAGUUCAAGGAAGAGGCUGAGAAAGGCAAGUGGGGUCUCUGCCUGCCCUGCAAGAUUCAUGUGGAAAAUGGCCUGAUGGAAGACUCUGGAAGCACUGGUGAGUUCUAUUCCAUCAGAACCUGCCUGAACACGGAGGAGCAGUGGACAAAGGCACUCAAGCUCGUGCUUAUAAAUUUUAAGUGUAGUCUUGCUUGGCUGUCUUUAAAAUAUUGUCAAAAAUAACUUUCUAUGAGGGAGAGGGAGAUUUUUUUUGCUUUAAACUAUUUGUGACCAUAUCACAAUUGUAAAAUUGGAAGAGAUAACAUGCUUAUAACUUUAAAAAGUUAAUGGCAACAGGGGCA